AUGUCUCAGGUGCCCACUGUGAAAAGAAAUCCCCCUCCUCCAGAAGUUUCAAAUCCCGAAAAGCCUGGACGUUUAACCAAUCAGCUGCAGUAUCUGGAGAAGGAAGUGGUGAAAGCCUUAUGGAAGCAUCAUUUCUCCUGGCCCUUCCAAAAACCUGUUGAUGCAGUGGCACUACAUCUGCCAGAUUAUUAUACCAUUAUAACCAAUCCUAUGGAUCUAAGCACUAUUAAGAAGCGUCUCCACAACAAUUAUUACUGGACAGCACUCGAAUGUUUACAGGACUUUAAUGCAAUGUUCACAAACUGCUAUAUGUAUAAUCGGCCUGGAGAUGACAUUGUUUUAAUGGCACAAACUUUAGAGAAACUCUUUUUAGAAAAACUGGCCCAAAUGCCUCAGGGGGAGUAUGAGGUGACAGCAGUGACCAUGAAGACUUCAGAGAAAGUCAAGAAAACAAAUUCAGGUACAGUGAAGCUUAGACCCCACUCCCUUGUGUCAGAAGUUGUUGUCAAACAGACAGUAAAAGUCAUCCCUCCUGAGGUGAGCCACUCCAUUCCAUCUUCCCAGCUCUCCACAGAGAUCAAUACAACGAUUAAGAAGGGCAAUAAGAGAAAAGUAGACACCACAACUUCAACUGCACCAGCAAUCAUGAGCUGCAAGUUAUCGCCUUGCGGGCAGUUGGAACCUUGUAAAAUGAUCUCCAGGCGGGGCAGUGGACGACCAGUCAAACAACCCAGGAAAGACGUAUCUGAUUCUCCCCAUUCAGUCAAAAAGAGCAAACUUUCUGAACAGCUCAAAUACUGCAAUUCAAUCCUGAGGGAAAUGUUCGCAAAGAGGCACUGUUCAUAUGCAUGGCCUUUCUACACCCCUGUUGAUACAGUUGCCUUGGGCUUAUAUGACUAUUAUGACAUUAUCAAGCAGCCAAUGGAUCUAAGUACAAUAAGGAAAAAAAUGGAUCAGCGAAAGUAUAUGAAUGCUCAAGAGUUUGCUGGUGAUGUCAGAUUGAUGUUUAACAACUGCUUUAAAUAUAAUCCACCUUCCCAUGAAGUAGUCAUUUUGGCAAGAAAGCUUCAGGAUGUUUUUGAGGCACGAUAUGUGAAAAUUCCAAAAGAACGAGAAAGUCACCCCCUUCCUGUCAACAGAGUUGAUGCAGGCAAAGGAGUCUGUUCUGAGAAUUCCUCAAACACAAGUAGCAACAGCGAGAGCUCUUCAGAGUCAGAGAGUUCAGAUGAAGAGGACAGGUCCAUGAAGCUGGCUAAUCUUAAAGAGCAGUUUAAGUUGGUUCAUCAUCAACUGCAGAGACUCACUCGGGAGACCCUACUGAAACCAAAGAAGAAACAGAAGUCUAAGAAGGACAAAAGGCACAAAGAAAAAGAAAGCCUAAUGAAAAAGCAUAACUCCUCAAAAAACAAGUCCGAAUUACAGAGCAAUGUCAAAGGAGGUAGUCUAAUGAGAAAUAAUAUCCAAGGAGUGCCUUCUGAAUUUGAGGAUCAGGUGUUGACAGUUCCAAUGUCCUACUUCGAGAAAAGGCAGUUGAGUCUUGACAUAAACAAGCUACCUGAUAACAAAAUUGGCACAUUGAUGAGCAUUAUUCAGAAUGGGGAGCCCACUUUGAAACAAUCCAAUCAAAAGAAGAUUGAGAUUAAUAUUGAAACACUGAAGCCUUCUACAUUAAGGACCCUGCAGGGUUUUGUCAUGAAAUGUCUGAGGAAAUGCCCCAAAAAUGCCCCCCAGAGAAAGUUGGUGAAAUCCAAAGGAGAGAAGUGGUCUGAGAAACUAAAGGACAGGGGAAGUUCUCAGGUUGUUGGCAAAGAGCAGACUGGGGUUAAGAAAAAGACAAAAGGUGAAUCUAUGGCUUCCCAAGACCUAGGUCAGCCAUCACGCCUUAGUGAUAAUAGCAGCUCUUCCUCCAGCUAUGACAGCAGCAGUAGUAGUGAUUGUAGCACUUCUGAUAGCAGUGACUCUGAAUCAGUGCCAAAAACAAAGAUGCAGAAAAAUGAAGACAUUUGCCGGAAGGCUAAAUUUCAGGUAAAAACAGUCAUGACUUGCUUUCUGUAACCAAAAGCUAGUCAUGGCAAGAUACCUAUGAUGAUUUCAAUGAAAUGUAAGAAUGUAACUUGUCCAUCAAGUCAAAGG